GAAACGGCGUUGGGGGCAGGGCUGCAGCCUUAUCCCGGGAUGGAGGGUGCCGGCGAAGGAGUGAGAGGCCGAGGGGGCAGGCCGUGAGGUCCUAGUGGAGGCCUGCAGCCUGCUGGCAGUGGAGGACCAGGCCACUCGAGAAAGAAAGGGGUCAGGUCACUCUGAGCCCUAGAAGGCGCAGUCGAAGAGGAAGGGAGCUGCAGACACUCCCUUGUUCUGGGCUCAGGCCCUUUUCGUGUUUGGAGCAGGCCUUUUGUGAGGAGAGUUACCCAAAUCUCCGUGUUAGAGCCACAUGCCAAACACCCAAACGCUAAGUUAGGGUUAGGAGGCCAAAACCUUUUGGGGGCGGUCCUAGGAAAUGAGUGGGUAGGGGUCUUUCCCAUUCCCUCUCCUGAUUGGUGGGUUAGACGCUUGUAGAUCCACGCCUGGAUUGGGGAGGGGUCUGCAGGACGUUAGAUUUCGACGCUAGGAUUGGGGGGAUUCUAGUGCUUAGAGAUCUGAGCCAAGCCUUUGGAAGGGGGAGCCAGACAAUUGGAAAGCCUAGGUGAUUAUUUGGGGAGGGGUCUUUGCGCUUUGGCGGAGCGCAAAAUUGCGCCGUUUUUUUGUUAUUUAUUUAUUUUUUUUUUUAGCCUAAGGCCUUGUAAAGAGAGGUUUCUGUGCAAGGGCGGACCAGCUAGACCAGACUAAGAAAGAAAGUGAAAAAAAAUCAAGAUUAUAAGGGGGUGGGGGACCCUGGAAGGGGGUUCACAAAGGGUGAGACAUGGCCACCAGGCGUUUAACCGACGCUUUCUUGUUGUUGCGGAAUAAUUCCAUCCAAAACCGGCAGCUGUUAGCCGAGCAAGUGAGUAGUCACACCACCUCCAGCCCUCUGCAUUCACGUAGCAUUGCUGCGCUGGCUGAUGACCGCAUGGCACUGGUGUCAGGCAUCAGCCUAGAUCCAGAAGCAGCGAUUGGUGUGACAAAGCGGUCACCUCCCAAAUGGGUGGACGGAGUAGAUGAAGUACAGUAUGAUGUUGGCCGCAUAAAACAGAAGAUGAAGGAGUUAGCCAGCCUUCAUGACAAGCAUCUGAAUAGGCCCACCUUGGAUGACAGCAGCGAGGAAGAGCAUGCCAUCGAGAUAACCACCCAAGAGAUCACACAGCUCUUCCAUAGGUGCCAGCGUGCUGUGCAGGCCCUGCCCAGCCAGGCGAGAAGGGCCUGCUCCGAGCAGGAGGAGCGGCUGCUGCGGAACGUGGUGGCCUCCCUGGCACAGGCCCUGCAGGAGCUGUCCACCAGCUUCCGGCAUGCACAGUCCAGCUACCUGAAACGCAUGAAGAACCGAGAGGAGCGAUCCCAGCAUUUCUUCGACACGUCAGUGCCACUGAUGGAUGACGGAGACGAUGCUGCCCUGUAUGGUCAGGGCUUCACGGACGAGCAGCUGGUCCUGGUGGAGCAGAACACACUGAUGGUGCUGGAGCGGGAACGGGAGAUCCGUCAGAUCCUGCAGUCCAUUUCCGACCUCAAUGAGAUCUUCAGGGACCUGGGAGCCAUGAUUGUGGAGCAGGGUACAGUCCUUGACAGAAUUGACUAUAAUGUUGAACAGUCCUGUGUCAAGACUGAAGAUGGCUUGAAACAGCUUCACAAGGCAGAGCAGUACCAAAAGAAGAACCGGAAGAUGCUCGUGAUCUUGAUCCUGGUUGUCCUCAUCGUGGUCCUCAUUGUGGUCCUCAUCGGCGUAAAGUCUCGCUAGUGGCGCCAAGUUCUGGAGCGUGCUACUGCAUGGGUUCCUUGGGUAGGAGGGCUUGGCUGGCACCACUUCACUGUACUGCCUACAGAGCACAGCCCACUGGCCCAACAGCGGGCAGCGGGCCUUCCUGUGGAUGCCCCUCUCUUGGUGGACUGGAGUGCAGGCAUGGCUGUGGGUUUCCAUCUCUGUCCAGGGUUUAAGGACCUGAGGCUGUUGCUGAAGAGACUGGCCCUGUGGCCAGCUGUGAUCUAAACACUUUGUAGAAAGUGAGGGAAUGCAGGUUUGCAGGCCUUGCUGAGGCACCAGUGUGGUGUGCAUGUGCUUACUGCUAGCGCUCACGUCUGAGCAGCAUGUUCAAUAAUUUUUCAGAAAUUUUUUUUUAGCCAUCUGGUUUUUAAGAAGUUUGGUACCAAAAAUUUAUGAGUAGAGGCAAACUGCCUCUUCAUCUUCCCAGCCGAAAACAAACCAAGACGUCCUUCAAGAAUUUAUAAUCCGUUCCCCAUUAACUUAAUUUAGCUUUUCCAUCACUGUUAACGAUCAGAGUAACAAAGUGUGAAAAAUAAGAAACCAUCAUUGAUGUUAAUUAACACAUUUAGACGGGCCAGUUAAACCAGCUUCAUGCGUUUAAAUCAAUUGUAAAUAGCGUAUUCCUCAUUCAGAAUUUUGCACUGCAUUUUUCUGCUGUAAACCAAGAGGGGUUACUAAGCAAAACCUCCUGAAUCAGAGAGUUGAUCAUUUGAACUGAGCUCACAUUACAAGAAAACUUGACGGUAUCAAGAACUAGAUUGAGCCAGUGUGUCCCCAGCCAUUCUUCCUCAGUCCAUUACUUACAUUCUAGCUACGUAAUCACCUGUCCACACCUGACUCCCCUUAAUGAACUGUAGAUUCACACAGAGGCCAUUUUAAAUGGGUCACCCCAUUUAGGAUUAGUGGAUCUCGAAUUAUUAUUAACCAAACAUCACUCCAUUUCAAAGUAAAAUAUUCUACCCAUGAUUUGAUUUAUCGACUCUUCCAUUGCCACUUAACAAUGCCCAGAAAGCAGGUAUAUUCCUGAGGACAGUGAGAGCCUCGACUAGGGAAGCCCUCUGUGUGUGCUUGCUGUGUGUGUAUGUGUGUGUGCCCACGUGUGUACCACAUGCAUAUCAGAUCACUAGAGUAAGGUUCUGUUUACUUCUGUUUAUCUACCGGUUAACUCUGGUGCUUGGGUGCUUGGCAGGACUGGAGUGAUGUGGGCAGUGUUGGAGUCUGAAGAUGAGGGUGUGUGUCUGACUUGCCGUCUUCAUUGAUGCUGCUAUACUUUUAGUGGUCUUUGUGUCAUUUUCGAUAGCUUUUAAAAUUGUCUCUGCUUCUCUUAUGUUAUUUAAGAAUAUGGUCCUGUUGAGUGUGUGUAGACAAAUGUGUGUAUUUACAGAUUCACUGCAAGGGGAGUUCAGAACUCCAGCUCGUGCAGAGCUACCCUGAGCUCAGCCUCCCUGCUCAGGCUGUGGGACACUGGGGUCCAAAGGUUUACCAGACUCCUUGACGACAUUAGUAGGGAGGGUUGGAAGGGGAGUUAGCACCUACCCCAUCACUUUAGAAUCGGGAAAGGGGGGCCUACAGGCCUCUUUUCUUGAUUUCUGAGGUUAGACAAACUGCUCCUGGGUGGACUGGUCAAAUUAGGGACCUGCUGUAAGCAAUCUGCGGAGGCCACGCUGAGUAAUUAUGAAAGCCUUGAAGAACAGUGACCUUUUAAAAAAGGAUCACCAUUUAUUUAUAUUUAUUUUCCUAAGUAGGGUUUUUUUUUUUUCUUUUUGGCGGGGGGAGUUAGUUUUCCCCCAACCCUUCUGGGUAACCUAACAGUUCUGGUUAGAAAUUGUUCUAAGGACCUGUGGGAAGAGGGACUGUCCCCUUGUGCUUGAAGACAGUAUGGUUCUGAUCUGGGCCUAGCCACCCUGAUGGCCAUCCUUAGGGGGCAUGGACAGGCCAUGUGUGCUAGCUCUUUGGGGUCCCUCCCCAUUGCACUUUUCCAUUGAGCCUGUUCUUGGGGGAAGAUCAGAAACGUGUGAGGACACAAGCAGAAUUAGUGCCAGGGUGCUGGUAGGGACCUCAGGAUAACUGACUUUGGAAGAGGACUCUUCUAUCUGCCGACAGCCACUAUCUGUGGGUUCAUCCUGCCCUUCAGUCUGGCUGUGGAGGUGAUAAUCACAUCUCUCCCUGUGCCUGGGAAGUGCCCUGGGGAAGAAGCCCAAGGCCUGGACACUACCUUCUUCCAUGGUCCUCGGUGACUCCAGUAGAGUGGAGGGAAGGAAGGGGACAAGUGCUGGGCCUUUGGGGCCCCUGAUCUUUCCUAAGACUAGCCUAAACUGCUCUCUGUCUUUUGGGCCGGGGAGGGGUUUGGGGUGCUGGCUGGGCCACUGUGUGAAGCAGUGUGUGUCUAAUUUAACGGAUGUACCGCUUUCUCUGCUAAUUGAGAGAGCAUUAUUUAUUUGUUUUGACACAAGUGCUUGCAGUGUUUCAUCCCAGCUAAUGGCUUCUUAAAGGUAAUAAAACCCUCCAACCUAAUUGGCCAGAUAAGACUUUUUUCCUUGUGUGCUUAAAUAAAGCAAUUAGUGAAGCGCUUCUAUCCAAAAUGACUAUUUUUUUUUUGUCCUGACUAAUUUACUGUUACUGGAAACUUUGUACAAUAAAGCGAUCUCACAGACUGAAGAGCAUCCCGCAUUCCUAGUAUUAAUUUUAAUGAUGGGUCAUACUCUUUUCACAUGUGUCUGUGUUAGCAAAGGGCCUGGCCACAUCUGGGGUCUCUGGGGCCAUGGCUGUUUAUUUCGUGCCUGAGGCCUCUGCCUCAGUGUUUAAAAGUCAAUUUGUCUAUCAAAUGGAGGCCUGCAGAGGGACCAAUCAAUUUGCUAUCCAAUAUACAAAAAGGGAAACCACAUAAAAGACAUAACUAUUUUUCUUUAUGAAAACACACUUUAUGUGAGCAUAUUUGGCAGUCCUCGGAUUGUGCCCAAAGUGGUUUGCACGUGCAGGCUCUAGGACCUAGCGUUGACAGAUGCCUUCCUCCAGUAUGGAAAAACAAACUUAAGGAACAGUGUCUGCUAGGAAUGUCCAGGUCUUCUUCCAAGGCCAGAGCAGAGUGUUGAUGCUCAUUUGCAUGCGUACCUGGGAGACAGACUUGAUGGAGGCCAGCGUUGGGUGACUCACUGCCAGUGAGUCCUGUCAGACGGGUGGUCAGUCUUGAGUGCUCUCCAGAGAGCUUGCUGAGCCACAGAUGGUGUCCUACACUCUGCUGUGUGGUCCCUUCCUUCUCACCAACCAUUAGGGAGCCCAGAAGUCCCUCACUCUCAAAGGACAGCCAUCGUCCCGUGGUGGUGAUGCUCGGUCUCUACGUCCUGCUGUGGGAAGGCCUGUAAACGGAGAGACUGGCAGCUGCAAGGGGAUGGUGUGUUUUCUGAGACAGGGUCUAUGUAGUCCAGGUUGCCCUUGAACUUGUGACCUUGUCUUUACCUCCCAAGUGCUGGGAUUAUGGCAGACAAGUUCAGGGCUGUGGGUGGCUCUAGAACAGGAGCACAGUUAUAUUUGCAACGGGGUCUUUAGUGAUCUGGGCUUAGAAUGGUCAACGGGGUCUUUAGUGAUCUGGGCUUACAAUGGUCACACCGGAGUGUGCACAUACCAUUAAUUAAUUAUUAAUGGACAUUGCCAUUAGGCAGACUGCUCUGAAACUUGGGCAUUAGGUCAGGGUUGGUGGGCAUUUGGCCUGUGUGACCCUUUGAGUCUCAUUUUGCCUGUCAGAGGACUGGGUGUAUGUGGACUCACUCUGCUAAUCGUGGUGAACAUCAUCUGUGAAAUAAGAGCAGCCUUCUUUAUCUGUCUGCCAUUGCAAGGUCAUAAGCAGCCCACUCACGUGAUGCACGUGAAUGCCAUGGCAGAGCAGACCAACUGUGAGCCUCCUUGCUUUGAUGGUCAGGGUCCCUUCUGUCUCUGCCCUGUGGGGACCAUGUGAAGAAACCUUUUCAUGGUGAGCUGCCAUUAGGUAGAUAAAGGGCCAGCGGCAUCUGUGGUUGUACAGGAGGAUGUAAUUUCUUCUAAGGAGGCAGCGCUGGUCCAUCUGAUGUGUAUUUGGGAGCUUAUCUCUGCUCAGUGCCUGAUGUGUGGGUCUCAGUUGUAUAUUUCUGUGUUUAUUGGCCCUUUGAAAUCUCUGGUUUUUCUCUGCGUUCUCUCGACCACCCACACAGCACCUUGCACCUUGUGUCUGAUGUUUUCGCGUAGUUGUUUUGUACUGAAGGAAAGCAGACCCUGCAAGCUGACGGGUGUCAGAACAGCUAAUGAGGGCACCAGCGGACAUGUUGACAGCUUGUGUAGAAGUGCUUCCUAUCCGGGGGUCAGAAUUAGACUGAGGGACGCCAGCUGUGUGCAUCUUGUCCCCAACUCCAUACCACCCUCAGACAGGCUAAACCCGGCAAUGCUGGGUUUUCUUACCACAUCAAGGGGCCUUCCACAGAGCCAAAUGGCAGAGACUCGUGGACAAUUAUCUGGCCAAUUGAGGCAAAAGAAAAUAAUCAUUUGUCCAAUUGUGCAAAUGAGCUCUCUGGACUGUCCUGAAUGCUGCGAUAAUUGUGUGGUCCUCCACUUUCCAUCCCAUAAUCUGGCAAAAAUGGGCUAUUUAAACAAGGCUCCAUUUGAUAAUGCACAUUCAAAUCAGGCUUCAGUAAAGCACACCACUGGGUUUAGCAUUUUCUGUUUGUCAACUAUAAUUCUAUAAUUGCUUUAAGCUAACCAUCCAAAUUCCACCAUUAGUAAUCACUGUUUCUCAUUUACAGAUGUGAUAGAGGCCAAGGGCCCUGUUUGGAUCAUUUGAUCUCCUUCUCCCAGGAAGUGCUGAGGGAAUCAAAUGCUUGUUUUUUUAACUUCACGUUCUGACCCAGGGCAUCAGAUCUCUGUGCCUUCCCCUUUCCCAGAUGGGGAAACUGAGACCCAUACCAGGACGUGCCAUGGUGACAAGGCUGAUGUAACUCAGACCUGGAAUUGUCAGCCCCUCAUUUCUAGACCAGCGCUCCAUUUUAAUUGUUCAUUUCUUUCCAUAAAAUUAAAUGACCUUCUUCAAGAAAGAUUUAAUGGUCAAGAUGUGAUUUGGUAAAAGCUUCCUCCAGGGUUU